CCGUUGAGUUAAAGUUGCGCGUGCGCACGUACGCUUUGUAAACGACGGUAAUCGUUCGAUAUUUGAAUGAAAUAAUGUGUUGCGCGAUUUGAAAUUGGAAUUUUAAUUCGUGUGUGUGUGUGUGUGUGUGUAUAUGUGAGUGGGUUAAGUGAUUAUAACAAUAAUAGUGUUUUUAGUGUUUCUAUGUUAUUAUGAAUAUGGUUCGUACACUCAAAGUGGUAGGUUGUUUCAAAAUGCCGAAACGAUCCAAGGUGGUGCCAGCCCCCAGUGGGGAGGGGGUGUUUACAAUUGAUAUGUCAUCGACCUCGACAUUGGACAUCGCAACGGUGUCAGAGCAGCGCGCCCCCGAGCCAGUUGAGAUGCAGGCCCGGCAGAGUCUCCUAUGGCAUCUACUCAUCGAUCUACCUGUGCUAUUACUCGUGGCAGCAGUGUCUAUACUCCUAGAAGUGGGAGCCUUACCGAGUAGAAAAAGCGGUUUCCGUUGCAAUGAUCCCGAUCUCUCUUACCCCUUCACUGGGGAGACCGUAUCGAUGUCGGUCAUAGCCUUUAUCACCAUCAUCGUCCCAUAUCUUAUUAUAUGGACAAUGGAAACGAUCCUACACAGAGACGACGAAUACACUAUCAAGAAGAAUAAACUACUAGCUAGUGCAAAAACCGCGGCGUUUAUAUAUAGAGACUACAUCUACGUCGCAGUGGUCAAUUUGACGGUACUUGAAGUUGUCAAAUGUGUGGUCGGGUCGCCGCGACCGACCUUCUUCGAUUUAUGCGAACCAGAUAAACUUAGGACGUGCAAUGGAUCGGAGUACAUAACAAGCUACACCUGCACAUCAGCGCGAUUCUCCCGGUAUUUACAAAUUGACUCCAGCAGAAGUUUUCCUUCUGGUCAUUCAUCUCUCUCCGUCUACAGCGGAUUAUUCUUAGCGUGGUACCUACAAAGACGAGCUUUCAGCUGGCGCAAUCGUACUGUCCUACUGGUACCACUUGUUCAAAUCCUGUGUAUUAUAUACGCAGUGGUUUGUCCACUCACAAGAAUCACGGACCGCCGACAUCACUGGUGGGAUGUGUUAGGUGGUGCUACCAUGGGAUUAUCCAGUGUUUUAUACACGAUUCUGGUCCUCUGCAAGAACUUCUCACAGCCAACUGUCGUAAGCACAAGCGACAUAUCCAGCAGUGAUGGUAACAACCAUCAGUCGGUACGAAGAUUGCUCUCCAGCCAAACGAGGGUCGUGGUACCUUAGCCUCAAGCCGUUUAAGGUCAAAACAGACCUUUGAUGUAAAGGGAAUCUAUACAUUCCUUCAAAUGGACUCUUUAAUUGUAUUGAAGUUUGUAUAUGCAUUAGGUAUGUGAAGAUCUAUGGUGAUUUUGGGUGAUUUAUUGUGAUUUUCCAUAAGUAGACUUUAGAAAGACAUUAAAAUAUGGUGGUGUUGCCAUUAGGAUAUUUUCUAAUUCUUGUGAUGAUUUUGUCUGUAGAGUUUUCUAUUUAGAUUAGAAAUUAGUUUGCUCAAAGUCUUCUGUCUAUUGUUUCGUAAUUAAAAUUAGAUUUGAGAUUUAUAAGGUGAAAUGACAACUUAGUAUGUGCUUUAAAAAAUUGAAAAAAAAAAACUAUAUUAAAAAUUUCUAAACAAUAGCCGACUUUCAUAAAUAAUUAUUAGAUUAUUUAUAUCUAAUAGGCUUAUUUAAUUCUAGUUGUAGAUUAAUGUGUAAAUAAAUAUAAAUAUUUUUACCAUGAUGACAAUUCUUAGAAAUUAGAGUAGAAAUAAAUAUUAUACUGUAAUAACAUACAUAUUUCGUAUAUAAAUAUAUACUCAAUA